UUCCGAGGGUCUAUCUAUCGAUAGCUCCGCGGUCACACUGCAGCUGAUAGCAAAAACAGAAAUGAAUUAAAUUUUUCGGGGUCGGGGGCAAAUAAAAGAGAAUUGUUUAAGCGAAUAUACUAGCAGAAAUUUAGAAAAAAUGGUGUGCCUACCGUGCUUUAUCAUUCCAUUGUUGCUCUACAUUUGGCACAAGUUCGUGCAGCCCAUUCUGCUGCGCUACUGGAAUCCGUGGGAGAAGAAAGACGCCCAGGGGAAUGUGAUCAAGGCGGGGCCGGACUUCCCCUUCGAGUGCAAGGGUGGCGUCUGUCCAUUUGUGCCCGGCAGCAAGAAGGCAAACAACGCUGACAACGACACAGAGACGACCACAACAACUGAAACAAUCACAGCCACAGAUGGCCAGGAGGCUACAACUACAACGAUUACAACCAGCAGCAGCAGCACCACCACCAACACCACAACCACUUUGUCGUCAUCAUCAGAGCCAAGUUUGGCGGAAACAAAGAAAUUAAUUUAGUCAAAAUUUCAUGUUUCUCUUCUAUUUUCUUCUUGCUUGUACUCUGACUUUUGACACAACGCACACAAUCACACACACACCAUACCAUGGAGCACGAGCCCGCCCCCGCCGUGUGAGUGUGCCCGGGGGACAGACACGUUAUCAGAGGAGCAGCAAAAACAAUUACGCUUAAAACAAAAAUGUUAACUUUAAUGUAAUACACAUUGCAAUCACCACCCAA